GGUCAAUUGUUGACACAUUUUGUGUGUAUUUUUCACUUUCACUGCAAUUGAGUCCCAAUUGUCACCACAACUAGUGCUCAAGACAUGAACAAAAAGGAAACGGUGGACCUGUCGACCAUCCGGUGCCAGAAGUGUCUGGAGAUGGGCCACUGGACCUACCAGUGCACCGGUAAACGCAAAUACGUUCACCGAUUGUCGCGAACGGCGCUCAUGAAGAAGCGACUCAAGCGCUCGGAAGAGCUCCAGAAGUUGCAGCUCUUAGAGAAACUCAACGAACAGAAGCAGAAGAAGUCGAGCCAUUCGUCGGACGACUCGUCUUCAGCCACCAGCGACUCGGAGUCGGACAGCGAUGACAGCAGCGGUUCCAGCGAUUCCUCGUCGAUUGGAUCGGACUCGUCGUCGAGCUCUUCAUCGGACACGUCUGAAUCGGGCUCUUCGUCGACCUCUUCGGACCCAUCCGUGUCUGAAGAUAGCGAUCAUAAGUCACGCGACAAACGGCACCGAAAGCGGAGGCGUAAGAGUCGAUGAAAAUGACCGGACAUUCCGUUGCGAACUGUUUUUCGUGUCAUUUAUUUGCAAUUUUUGUCAUUAAUUUUGUGAAUCAAUGGUGUUUUGCAUUCAUUGAGUGCUUAUUGAAUGGAUGUCUUAUUCAUAACAUUUGCCAUAAACCCAUUCAACCACCACUUCAUAGCCUAU